UAUACGUGUGAUAGAGCGUAUUUGAUGCCGAACGGGUGCUGUGAAGCGAUGUCACGUAAUAGUGCAAUAACUCGAUUUGACUGUGCGCACUGUGACAUCAAGUCGGGAUGUUGUCUCUUGUAUGAGUAUUGUGUGUCGUGUUGUAUGCGACCUGACCAGAAGAACAUCUUAUUGGAAAUGAUCGAAGCCACAUCCGGACAUCGCUUACGUCAAAUUCUCGCGGCAACCGAUCAGUUCGAACUGUGCACUCUCAAAUGUCGGACCUCAUCCAAUGUAUGUUAUCUUCUUUGA